UUUUUUAAUUUUCUGAAUUUUGCUGAAGGCGCGAGGAAGAAUGGGUAGCAUCGAACCAUUCAACCGUUUGGUGAAACUUGCGGCGAGGGCUUUUUACGACGACGUAUCGACGAACAGUGAGAACCAGGGCAAGAAUGGAAGAAGCGAUAACAGAGGGAUCGCCGUUGUCAUUCUCGAUGCGCUUACUAGGCGUCAGUGGGUAAGAGAAGAAGAUUUGGCCAAGGACUUGAAAAUUCACACGAAGCAACUUCGUCGGACUCUCAGAUUCUUCGAAGAAGAAAAAUUAGUCAUUCGUUAUGACCGGAAGGAGGUUGCAAAAGGUGCAAAGAUAGAUAGUCUUCGAACUGGAAGAGAAGGCGAAGAAAAAAUCAAGAUGCAUACGCACUCGUAUUGUUGUCUAGACUACGCACAGCUAUAUGACGUGGUAAGGUACAGAAUACACCGGAUGAAGAAAAAACUGAAGGAUGAAAUGAAGAGCAAGAAUGCGGUUCAGGUGUACAUUUGCCCCAAUUGCAGAAGGAGAUAUAAUGCCCUUGAUUCCCUCGGAUUGAUCUCCCCAUACGACGAGGACUUUCACUGUGAAAGCUGCAAUGGGGUGCUUGUGGCUGAAAUUGAAACGUUAGCUGCUCAGGAAUUAGGAAAUGGAGUUGAUAAAUCGAAACCGCAUCGCCAUGAAAACUCGAAAGAAAUGCUGACAAAGAUGGAGGAACAGCUGAAACCACUAACUGAUCAACUCGCAAGAGUAAAGGAUUUACCGGUGCCUGAAUUUGGAAGUUUUCAAGCUUGGGAACUUAAAGCAAAUGCCGUUGCCAGAUCUGAUAAUGGAGAUUGUAAUGCCAAUGAUCCUUCUAGAUCUUCUCAAGGCCUUGGUUUUGGAGAUAUUAAGGUUGAAGUCGUCUUCUCUGCUAUUGACAAAAAAGGAGAUAAUAUUAAAUCAGAGAAUGCUAAGGCACCAACAAAAAUUGCGAUUUCAUGGUUUACAAAGGAAGGAAGGAAUCUCACAAAAGAGCAACUUGAAGAGACCAAAGCAGAGAUAAAACCGACCAGUACUACUUCGACACCUAUCGAGUCUUCAGAUGAAAAAAAGCACGUGGCUGUAGUUUAUAACACGCCCACUGAGCGCCAAGUUGGCGUGAAAUCAAAACGUAGUGGUGACUAUGCAGGAGAUGACGUGGCAUGGGAGGCGCCCCCUCCUACAGGUGGCAGAGUUGACCGUUUUAAUGUAGAAGACGUAAAUGUAGAAGUUGAAGCUGAAGUUUCUGAAGAUGACGAUGAUGGAAUGUGGGUUGAAGGAUAGAAGUUCUAACGAGUUGAACUUGUUACACGUGUAUAAAUUGCAGGCUAGUUAUCUGGAAAUCGAAGUUUAGUUUAGUCCUAGUCUGGCUCUAAUCACUGUAGAAUAUUUAGAUUGAUUAAUCGUGUAUAAGUUCUUCUCAGAAAAAAAAUCGUGUAUAAGUAGGUGUUUCUUGUACUCGUUUAGAUAGAACAUGUGGAUUGAUUAAUCGUGUUCUAGUAACGUUUACUAUUUUCGGUUAGAUAGAAUAUGUAGAUUGAUUAACGCAUGUUGAUAGAUCUUUCUUGCUUAUGUACCGAAUUUCUAGGCUCUUUUUGGUUUGUAGAAAACGAUAUGUAAAAUUGUGAAAAGUUAAAAUUAAUCAACUUUCCUUGUUUGGUUAAAAUGUAAAAUAGUGGGUAAUGUAAUUGGGAGGAAAAGGGGAAAACUUUUUUAACCUAAAAU